AAACAUCUCCACGUCAUUACUUCUUCUCCUUCUUCUCCUUCUUCUUCUUCAUCUUGAGGUUGAGAGAGAAUGGAACAGCACCAGAUUACCGAGAAGCUUCUAAACAUUGUGAAUGCUUAUGAAGGUCGUGUGCACGAAGAGAUGGCCAAAUUUGGAGAAUAUUUAAGUUCAAAGUAUGGGAUAUCUCCGAGCACAGGAAUAUUACUAUUAUCAGUAUUCAUUGGGUGCGUUUGCGCGUACAUAUUGUUGCUGGUGAAGCGACGUCGUCUGGUGGGAAUAUCAAAGGAAAGGCAAAGGCAAAUUCUUCUAAGUUCCAAGUCAUUAGCUGAUCUGUACAGUGGCGAUCUUGCAUGCAGAAGACUGAACGAUUAUAAGAAAGCUAUGGCCAUUCCAGAUGCUUUGGAUCAGAGCGAUCUUCUUUUGAAGGGUUUGCUUGAGGUUGAUGAGCAACAGCUUGACUUGAAGAAGAUUCAGAUGGUGGUGGAGAAGCUGGAGAAGGCUGGAAAAGAUGAAGGAUUGAGAAUACUGGAAUCAGCACACGUGAAGCAUGCUGACAAAUCUUAUUACUUUUACGAGAUUGAGAUGACAAUUGUCGAAAUGCUUAUCUACAAGGAAAUUAAUCCAGAAGUAGCUUUGAUAGCUGAAUGCUUGGACUAUCAAGAAAUUCAAUUUGAUGCUCGAGUUCCAUUCUUCAAGGCAAUUAUAUGUGGGAGACUGGGAAACUGGGAAGAAGCAGCGAGGCAUUGGGAUGAAUUCGUGGACGUGAGGGGCGACCUCGCAUCGAUAGUCGGGGAGGGAAUUCAGGCUGCACCAAUUUCUGAUUUUCAAACCUUCAAAGAAAGAGUCCAAAAUCUGCAAAAUGAAAUCAGCAAGACACAACACUGAAACAGACAUUCCAAAAAAUAAUAACAAUAAAAGAUCUCAUUAUAUUGUUUGGAAGCCUACAUCACAUCCAUUUAAAUGCGUGUCCGGUUACUUUUUCAAAUAAGGAUAUGUGUGUGUGUGUGUAUAUAUAUAUAUCUCUGUGUGUGUGUGACUCUGAUUUGUAUUUUUAGUUCUUUACAAUUUGGUUCCAUUUGAUGCAUAUGGACCUCAAUGAUUUCGUUUAUUGCUUCACUCAUUAUAUUUUAUAGGGUGAAAUACCAAAUUAACCUCUGAAGUAUAUGUCUUGA